AUGACUGUACAUAUCACGAUUGGCGACUUCGAUCUCACCAAGACCAAGGAUGUCCUGGAAGACAUCCCCCCUCAGUCGCCCCUAAUUUCCAACUCCUACCCUGGGGCUUUCUCUGACUUCUAUGGCUUCCCUUCUCAUCCCAUCUGCGUCUACCGUACGGGCGACGAGUGGCCAAUGCCCAAAGGCCCCCAGGCGCAGCAUGUGCCGAGGGGGGCCAGGCCCGUCUGCAACCACCCGAUCCGAGCCGUGUGGCGCACACUAGGUGAACAGGUGUACAAGUUCCUCGAUUCCCUUGAAGUCUUGUGGUCGACCAUCGAUCCUGUCCGCUUCGCCGAGGAAGAAGGGGAAGCAGGUCCCCUCUAUCUCUGGGUGGGCGUCAUUCCUAGGUCUCUCUCCCUCGAGGUCGCCAAGGUCGCAGCCGUCGGCUGCAAGAAGAUCCUCGCUGCCGCUCAGUUCCCUCACGUCGAGAUCGCUUUCAGGGAGUCCGUCUUCACCCGAUCCGCUGGCCCACAGCUUCUGAACCAUGUCGUCUCCGUAGACCCCACCGCCGACAUUCGUAGCCCCUUCACUGGCACUCUCGGUGUUCAGAUCGCUCCCCGAAACACUUCUCACUUCGAGGGCACCGGUGCUCUGUACCUCUGCGAGGGCGGCCAAAGCAAUCGGGUCUUCCUCCUGACCACCCGCCACGUUGCUCUCCCGCCGAGCGUACACCACAAUGAGCUCUAUGAGCGCAAGAGGACCAGCCAGCCUCGUCAUGAGGUUCUCAUCCUCGGCAGCAAAGCGUACCCAGACACCCUCGAGGCCCUGAUGGCUGACAUCGGGCGCGAGCUUAUCUUUGUCGAUCACUUCAACAGGGAGCUUGCUGCGUUAGGGGAAGCCGUUGAGGACGAGGACGCCACGGUAGCUGAGGUGCGCCAGGAGUUUAAAGGCAAGUUGGCAAAGACGGAGAAGACGAUCAUGACCGUAAACGCGUUCCACAGUGACAUCGCCAAGCACUGGAGCACGGCGAGCCAGCGCGUGAUCGGUCACGUCAUCUAUGCCCCUCCUAUUUCCGUCGGUACCGGCCCCAAGCCAUUCACCGAAGAUUGGGCUUUGAUCGAACUCAACCGCGACAAGAUCGAUUGGAAUAAUUUCAAGGGCAACGCCGUGUAUCUCGGAAACAAGAUUUCAGCCCCUGACUUUGUCCUCAAGAUGCACCCUCACCCCGAGGGCCGCUCCGCCUUCAAGUAUCCGGUUGGCAGUCUCCUGCAUGUUAAGGGCAUCGUCAAGGAGGAAAUACGCCAGCCGACCUUGCUCGACGCAAAUGGAGAGGAGUGCCUUAUCGUCAUCAAAAACGGUAAGAGCACUGGUAUCGCCAUUGGUCUCGGAUCCGAUAUAGAGUCCUUCAUUCGAGUGUACGACGAGUAUGGCAUUAAGUCGACAUCGAUGGAGAUUGCCAUCCACCCCUACAACCACAAGGACGGUGCAUUCUCCGCCCCUGGGGAUUCGGGGUCCAUUGUCGUUGAUGGGCUGGGACGUAUCAUCGGCCUGCUUACCGGCGGUUCCGGCACGACUGGCUCUACAGACGUGACCUACGUGACGCCGUAUUCCUGGGUCGAGGAGCAAAUCAAGAAGGCGUUCCCCGACUCCUACCUCUACCCGAUCAAGGGGUAG